UUGACCUUUACAGUGUUAGCCACCUGUGUUUAAUCCUCUGCUACUUAUACCUCCAUUAUUUAACUGUCUUCAAAAAGGUGUCAUAGUGUUGUGACGUAGUUAUCCCCUUAAUCUUCAAGGCAGCUGUCUGGAUUUAGGUAGUGAUGACCAUAAUCCCGUUUGGCACCUUGAGGGGCUGCCGUGGUGAACACAAGGCAGAGUGACUCGAACAAGGGCUGCAGAGGUUUUAACCCCAAACACAGGAAAGCAAGAGGACAGAAAGAAGACAUUUCAUCUUUGUGAUUAUCAGUUUGUAGGAUGGGGAAUUCUAAGAGCAGCGCUUUGUCGAAGGAGCUCCUGGAAGAUCUCAAAUCCAACACGAAAUACUCAGAGGCUGAGCUCUGCACCUGGUACCAGUCCUUCCUGAAGGAGUGUCCAAGCGGGAAGAUCAGUAAGGAGCAAUUCGAAGGCAUCUACGCCAGCUUCUUCCCAAACGCAGACCCCACGGAGUACGCACGGCAUGUUUUUAGGAGUUUUGACACCAACGCCGACGGUACUUUGGACUUUAAGGAGUACAUUGUCGCUCUGCACCUCACAUCCGGGGGAAAGACUCUGCAGAAGCUGGAGUGGGCCUUCGCCCUGUACGACGUGGACGGGAAUGGAACCAUCAGCAAUAAUGAAAUCCUAGAGAUUGUUAGGUCAAUAUUCAACAUGAUUCCUGUUGAUGACCAGAAGAACCUCCCCGAGGAUGAAAACACACCGGAGAAGAGGGCUGAAAAGAUCUGGCAGUUCUUUGGGAAGAAGGAGAACGAUAAAAUCUCAGAGGGAGAAUUUAUUCAAGGCGUGAUGGACAACAAGGACAUCCUGCGGUUGAUACAAUACGAUGAGCCUCAGAAAAUUAAAGACAAGCUCAAAGAGAAGAAACAUUAA